AUGCGUGGAAAUCCGAAGUGAAGGUGAAAUUCGUGUAAGUUCAUCCAAGAUUCAAUUAAGUUUAGAAUCUGUCGGAUUAACUGAAUGCAGGCAGCCAGCCAAGUUGCUGUAAACUUCGUUAGUGUAAAGUUUCCAGUUAUUCUGAUUGGAAAAUGCAUUAUUCGCGUAGAAAUCGGAGUAACUGGCUGGAAAUAUAAAGAAAUCAGGCAAUCGAACUUUUCUCGCCGCUCAAGGGGAAAAAAUUUUCUUCCGAGUCUCUGUCUCUCUCUCUCCGUCUUGCGCGUUACUCGAUUCUGUUUUUUGCUUCCGCGAUCGCGGAAUAGCGUGUGGCAUUCACGAGCAACACUGGCGAGUAAUUCCGAGUAAUUUGAAUGGGAACGUGGGUGAACGCCGAUUUUAUCAGUUUUCUUUUUGUUCGUAGAAACGUGCAUUUCUGCAACUCUCCGUUCUUUAACAUCGCUAGUAGUUCGCAAAGACACAAGUACGAGGCAAUAAAAACCGUUAUCAGGCGAUCUCCAUGGCGAUUUGAUAUCACGAUUUCUCCUUCCUCACCUCUCUUAUUUCAUCCUUUCCUUUCGGAUUACCUUACGUUGAAGUGUUAUUUCGCAACUUCGGGAGCAAAGGGACGCAACAAAAAGGGACGAGUCGCUCGUGAACGUCGUCGUCGAGCCGUCAACUCCGAGACACGGAAUCCUCCUCUCCCUCUCCUCUCCCCCGGUCCCCAAAGCCAACCGGAGAACACGAGGAUCGGCGAGCAUCCGACCGCCAAAGACUACCGGGAAUCCUGCGGUUUUCGUCAGGGGGACGAGGUCGGUGUUAAACCAGCAAGAUUACCGGCCGCGGCGGUUGCGCCAAAUACUGUGGUACAGCUCCUUCAUCCGGCAACAUUUCAUUCUCCAGCUUUCGACAGUCCUUCACCUCCAAUGUUAACUACCUGA